AGAACUUCAGCACCAUGGCCAGCAGCCAGGAAACCCAAACACAUUUUGAGGCUUUGUUUAACAUAUAACUUUAUGAAUAAUUCAAACAGCGGAUAGUUGUGAAUUCAACAGAGGUUUUCACAUGGGCCUAAUGCAUCUUUAGAUGAACGGAUACUAGUCAACAGAUAAAGGAUAAGGCCCAUUAGGUCUGCCAGAGUCCAUCUUUCAUGCUCCUCAAUGAUCCAGCUGCUGUCCACACUUUCAUCACGAUAAUGGCAACCUCAUAUACGGAGCCCAUGAGCAAUGGGCUUGAUUUCAUUUCUCUUACCAGCCACAGAGAAACAGAAGAUGGACCGUCUUUUUGUUGUUUACUUGUGUGAGAAGUGUAUUGACUACUAAGCAAAUGCCUGUCAGUGAGAUCCUUUAUAUGCAGGCUGCUCUUGAUCCAGCGUGCAUGCCUCCUCCAUGUCUUUGUAUCUGGAAGGAGUGUACUGUGUGUGUCUACAUGAAUGUACCUCAAUUUGCUCCUCUUUACCCCCAUAGUGCAGCUGUGCCUCGGAGAACUCUUGUGAAGUAAUUGAAUGAGCCGAGGCCGGGUGGGGAGAGGAGGAGGAGGAGGAAGGGAGGGGGGACCUGUGGCAGUGAAUGUGGUGCCCGCUGGCCUUAUUAUCCGUAAUACAGCAGCCGCUCAGCCUGUGCUUUCUCAUCCACUCAUGAAUACAGAAAUGAAUGUGAUGGACGUCAGAGGUGAGCGCAGCGGGGGGAGAUGGGCCAGAGCCUGUUUUAAUCAGCUCCCAGAUAGAACAAUCACUUUAUCCACCUCCACAGCUCAGAGGUGAAUUAGCGUUUAACAUUCCAGGGCAUGCUUUCUGACAGGGGACUCCACCCCAAACAACCAAUGGACUGCAGAGAUUACCGAGAGACACUCUGCUGUUUCUGAUGAGGAAAUUAGGGCUAAACAUGCCCCUGGGACUCAAGCGACUGAUAGGCCCGGUCUGCAGGAAGAUCUGUUUCUUUUUUUUUUCUUCCCCAAUAAGAGGCUUCUUAGAAUAAAGGAUGGUCUAUUGUUGUCCCUUUGAAGCGUUUGUUCAGGUGAACGUGCACACACAUUUUCCAUAUUCUGUUAGCGGAAAAAAAGAGAAUACUUCAGUUUAUAGUUCAGAUGUUGCUCAUUUUGCGAAAGGCCAAAAGAGCGGCACGGUACCUUUGCAGAAAUGGCCUUAAAGCAUGAAAAAAAAAUCCAUGUCCUUGUCUGCGAAGAAUGAUCUGCAUAAUCGUCAGAAGUACCAACGACAUCAGGGACAUUCCCAGUCAAGUCAAGUCCAUGUGGUCCAUUAGCCUUAAGCUCAGAGGUGUAGCACUUUGCAGAGCUUUUCACAGCAACCGGGUCUCAUGGGCAACCUUCUAAAGUACACUUUAAAGUCUAGACAGUGACCUCUGUGUUGCUCUGAUGGCCAAACAGGCAAUUUUCCCAUUGAUCUUUUUUGGUGCCGCAGCAAACCUCUUACAAGUGCUACAUUUUCUUUUAUUUACAGCUGGAGUUAGACUGUAUUUUAAUACUUUGGAUUCCCAUAGUUUGCCCACAAAUGUCUUCCAUGGCCUUUGGAGAAAUCAGGGAAAAAGUGUGAUCCAAACUUCCAGUUAACUGAUGUGAUCGGCCUGCAAAGACCAACAGAAGAGGAAGUGGGAAGUAAUAUUCUGUGGAGAAAUAUCAGGAGAUACAAGCAAGAGUCUGUUUCUAGAUUAAGAAGCUAAACAAAGUUUUUCACCACUAUUAAAUUAUUCAUGCAAAAUUCCAGAAAAUUACCACUUUUUUUGUUUACCCUACAAAAACCACCAAGGAAAAUCAGAAACGGUAUAUUAUCUUAAGAGGCCCUUUGUAAUGACAGCUUGUUUAUGGUCCUUGUUUUAAAGGACGUUUGUGCUUCAACGAAAGGUUUUGAGUUAUUUUUUUAAACUAAUAGAAAUACAUCAAACAUUAACAUACAUCCAAGACUUUAUGUGAAUUUAUGGUCACUAGCAAGAGUGAUCAUAUCUGACAUUUCAUCAUGCUACAGCCACAAAUUGUUUUAUGGGGACUUUAUAUAUUUGACAAAGAAAAAAGUACCACAUAAAAGUGAAGAGAAAUAGAAGGAUACAUAGCUUUUAUUUACUCAUUAAAAAUAGCAAUUUAAUUUAUUUGUUCAGUUCCCCAGAGCCAAUAAUUAGAACCAUAUUUAGAACCAAUAACACCUGCAAAUCUUUUGGAAUACAUUUCCAGUCAUAUCUGGAGACUGAAACUUUUGCUCAUUCAUCCAGUGAACUGUAACCGGCUUCCCCUGUUGAUGAAAAAGAUCAGCCCCAGUAUGAUGCUGCCGCCAUCAUGAUUCAUCAGUGAUAUGCAAAGGAUUGUCUUCUUGUGGGUCUGUGUUUGUCUUCAGAUGCUCCCGUCUUACCAGAGGCCUCUUGGCCGUUCCUCUCUCUGGGCUUUUUCAGGUUCUCCUUAUUCAGAUUGUCAGUUUGGGUAGCCGUGUGUUUGUAGGUUUUUAUUUAAACCAUAUUUUUUUCAUUUUCAGGCAAUAGAUUCAAGAGUUCUCAUUGAGAACCAUAUCCUACUUUUAGAAUAUGGUUUUCUAACCUAAUACUGCUUUAAACUUUGCAAUUCGUUUACUAAUUUUCUCUAACAAACUCCUGUGUUCUACAAAGAUCGUAGAUUUAUACUGACAUUCACACUGACUCUGUAGUACUAGCUAGACAGGCUUCCCCCCCCCCCAUUCUUACUUUAAAUAACUUUUGAAAACCUGUUUAAUUUUCCUUUCACUUUCUAAAAACACACCGCUUCAUGUUGGUUUAUAUUUUAAAAUCCCAAUAAAAGACAGUAUGAUUUGUGGUUUUAAAAUGACAAAAUGUCAAGAUGCUCAAGGGCUGCGAAUACUUUCGCAGGGCUUUGUAAAUGUGAUUUAAGAAGCUAUACUAUUUGACAGUAAGCUAACUGAAAGAACAGAUGUAUUGAUCACAGUUGAAAACAAUAAAAAGAAUUUGACUAACUUUGGCUCCAAAAUCUUUUUAGAUCAUUUGAAGGUGUUGUCCAUCGUUGCAACAAGACUAAUUGCGCUUUAAAACUAUACUCAAAAACCAAUUGGUUCAUUACACUCUGGCGCUUUUGUGCUACACUCCUAUUGUUUCUCCAUAGGCUCUUUUCUACUCCUAGUUUUGGAGUGGACAAAGGCUGAGGCCGAGGCUGUGCUGUGUUCAAAGCCAGCGUGAUUAAAUCUGGAUCCCUCGCUGGCUCUCUCCAUGGUGCUGAAAGAGCCCUGUAUCAGAUUACAAGCAGCCAGAAUAGGACCUCAGAUAAUCCAUUACAAUAAUUGAUUGACGGAGCAUUGAAAGUGGUCCUGUAGUGAGCACCAAUUACAGUCAUGUCCUGUUGCACUUUCAAAUUGUCUCAGUUUGGCGCAGCACAUGGAGGCAAUCACUCAUGUGGGAAGUAGAGCGUGCUUCUGUUAGAACAGGCAUCCCCGCUGCACUGAAGUUAAUGUUUAACAGCAUCAACAGCACAGUGUUUGCAGAAAUGUUUGUGUGGAAACCUUCAGUCACAGGAGGAGAACUUUCCUGUUGUCCCCAAGAUUAAUUCUUCCUCCUGUAGGUGGUGCAAUGAAGUAACUUCUGCUCUCUGACUGUUCUUCAAGCAUCGGACCUGUAACAGUAUGAGCCCCGUCUGCAAGUUGUGCAGGGGUUUAGAAGUAGGUCUAGUCUUGAAAAAAAUAUAUUUUUUUACAUAUACAUAUGCAUUUUUAAUGAUCAUUGAAAACUUACUUUAUCUCAGAAAUUAAGUCGGUAAGACAGAAACUUACAGAGAUGUGUUUAACUGAUUCAAUUUCUGUUCAUUUCAGUAGUUAUGACUUACAGAUAAUAACACAAAAUUUCAAUAUUUUAAUAUUGCUAAACACUUAAAACAAAUUAUACAAAAAUGUGGGCCUCCUGAUAAGUUUAUCCAUGUCGUGUACAGCAUCCCAUGGAGGCAAUGAUGGAAACAUAACUUGGGAAUUGCUAAAACACAGUUGAACAAAACUGCAGAUGAUGGAGGACCUCAAACAGGCUGGAACCUCGAUUUUAUAAAUGAAAUGUAAAAAUGUACAUUCAUCUGAAAAGGGAGCUUUGGAGCAACAGUGGUCCAAACACUUGAUUUGUUUUUUCAGGAGUGGCUUAACACAAUACAUGCAAAACACUCCUCUGUGUAUUGGUUCUUUAAGCAGUGACUCCAGUCUAUGCCUUGUAAUGCCUCCAACCUCUUGGGCUUUAAUUAACAUUUUUCUCUAGACUGUGGUCAAGCUUUUUCAACAACAGUUUCUUCUUCCACUAAACUUUCAGUGAAUAUGCUCGCACUCUGAACAAUUCAGCUUCGGCACUGACCUUUAGUGUUUCAUCCUCCUUGUGGGGGCUGUCAGUAACUAUUUGCUGGGCAAUCAUUAACAUGUUGUAUCAAAACUACAGUUUUUAACCUGGUCUGAAGUUUUGUUCCAAUUUAUUAAAAGAAUGCAUUUUUGAAUUUUCAUUAACCAGAAGUCAUAAUCCUCUAAAAGAAUGGAAGUAACCGCAUUAAAUAUGUCAUUUUCUGUCACUAUAAACAUCAUUUUCACUUUUUGAAUCGAAUUACUGAAGUAAAACAGCUUUUCAACAAUAAUUAAUUGAAAGGUAUUUGUAAAACCCAUUUAACAAGAUGAAUAACAUAAAGUUUAGAAUAAAACUAUAACUAAAAUAAAUCUUAAAGCAGGUGAGGAGGUAUUGGAGAAUAUGGUCGAGUCUGCAGUGAAAACAAACGGCUGCAGCUGUAUGCUAAUUAGGCGCCUAUGCUUCCCGUCCGCGCGGGGCAGCACGCGCCACUGAGCAAACACGCGCAUGCGGGGCCGGCAACACAGGCCCACGCGCCCCACAGAAAUUAUCUCGAGGGAAAGAGGAACUCGUUAAAAUGCCAUCAAAGCUUGUAGUUUCAACAAACCACGACUAAUAGACGAGCAGAGUUGGAGAACAACAAGAAUCGGAGCAGAGGAAGCGAAGAUGGCGUCAGGAUAUUUGGGUUGCAUUUUAGAAACAACAUGCGCUAAAUAAAGCAAAAGCAAAUUAUUUUAAGUUAUUAACUGGUUAAACAUCUUCAAACCUUAAAGAAUAGAUAUCCAUCCCAUUAAAUCAACGCAUUAAACUCCCCCCACUUUAUAAAGUAUCCCCAGCUGCAUUAAGUUUUAAUUCUUAAAUAUGAUUAUUUAGUCAGCCCAGAUCAAAUGUAUAAUUUAGCUCGAACAGAACCAACAUAACGGUGUGUUUUCAAGCAGGUGAGAGAAGGCUCUGGGACAUAGAGGCCUAUUGAAAGGGGGCUGCAGGCCUGCGGCUCAGCUUCGAUUGUGUAAUUAUUUGACUUGGUCAUACUGCAGCUUUAUGCAAAUGAGGGGAACAAUGAACGACGAUGGAGAUUAAUUCCUCCCUGGUCUGCGCACUGAAAGAGGGGGAAAGAAUGCGCCCUCUUCCAAGUGGCGCACUGUCGCACAUAGGCCUGCAUUAUUAGGCAAUAAAUGGAAACUCAGGCAAAUGUGCAAAAUGCGAAGAAAACAAAGAGGGCCUGUACUUGAAGAGAAAUAAGUUAAGUUAAACACUUUUAUUACAACAACAUUUAAAAUUUGUCAAACUUGAAAACUUUUUUUUAAAAAUGUAUUUAAUUUUGCCUUUUUUACAGCCACAGUAAUAAUAAUAAAAAGUUUAGAGCUUCCGGAAAACAAUAUAUUUCCUACAAGUAGAUGCAACGCCGGUUUUAAAUAUCAGUGCAGAAUGUCCCAUCACAGGCUUUGGCUGCUGCUGCCCUCCUCUUUGUCUGCAGCGCUGAUUCCGCCCAGCACGCGUCUCGCUGUGGCCCAGAUUGCCUGCGAGUCCUUUUUCACAGUUAAGAGGUCAAUUUGCCUUUGAAACGAUAAAAAAACAGAUAUCCACGCACACGCAGACGUGGCCAUUGUGCACAAAGACCAGAGGGCUUUCUUAUUACUUAUGUAUGCAGCGAGAUGUCUGAUUUAUAUGUCGGGUUAAACUACCGAGACAGACGCGUGCCCUCAAAAUAAAGGAAUACUCCUCCUCUAUAGAGCUUAUAUUAUAAAAUAAAAGCGGACAAAAAUAAAAGUUGCUAUAUUCAGUUGUGAGCAAAUAGUGUGCGUAAAGGUAGUGCGUAAAGAUGGCGCAAAGGUAUAGAGAGCGUGUAUUUUAAACCUGUUUUUGUGCUGCGCAUUUCACCAACAUCUCAGGGAAUUUUUAGAAGAAACGAGCAUUUUUACAACUUCGGAUUUUAAAUUUUAAAAAUGUUUAAAUCGUGAUGAUUUUAGCACUGAUGGACAUUUCCCUUUUAGCGACUCAGAGGCCCCCCAGAGGGGGGCCACAAAGCAGUGGCACGUGUGCAUUUGUGUAGGGGCCCAUCAGACCGUAAAAAGAGGAGGGUCCCGGCGUGUGCCUCGGUCGGGGGAGGGAGGCUGUGCGUGCAGCAUUAAUGUAAUAAACCGCCAGUACAUCUGCUGAGCUAUCUGCACAUCCUCCAACGAAAUCCACCGACCCCAGGCUCAGAGCCCUCCCACAAUAAAAUCCACUGGGAUCUUGGUUUCAUCCCAUUGGUCGGGGAUGCUGCAACAGGGGGGGGCGAGAACAAUAGCAUCAUUCCGGCAUAAAAAGAGUGGAGCUAUGCCUUGGAGACGAAAACAUUUCAGCAACAGAAGGAUCGAUAUAGAGGGGAGUAAAAAGUCCCUAAAAUUCUGGUGUUGCCAUAUUUUUUAAACCAACCUGGAUACUCCAGAUUUCAGCCACCUCUCCGAAGUGCCUUUCCGCUGUUACUCGCCAAGAUGCCCAAAGGAUUCCUGGUGAAAAGAAACAAGAAAUCCGCACAUGUUUCCUACAGGACUCGAUCUGAUGAGGAUGAUCUCCAGGAGCUACACACCCCAGCUGCCUUGCCAAGUCAGACGGACCCCUCCCCGCCGAUGUCCGUGGCGUCAAGCCCCGACCGCGCCUCGGUAUCACCAGAUUUCGUCGCAGCCGACGCGCCGGUGCCAAGGCUGGAAAAACCGGAGCAGUUCGGCAAUCCAGAAGCGGUGUGCCAAGCCAUCUACAGCCCCACCCGACCCAUCAGCAAGGAGCACGACAGGGGAUAUUUUGAGCGAAGUUUCAAUCUGGGCUCGCCCGUUUCUGCGGAGUCAUUCCCCGCAGCCGCCUCGCUCUCUGGCCUGGACCACCUCCUGUACGCUCCGGUGGACCUGAAAAUCGGCACCAGCAACAGCAGCCGGGGCGGCGCAGCCAUCACAAACACCACCACCACCACCAGCAGCACCAGCAGCAGCAGCAGCCUAUCAGUACCAAACCACAGGGUCGCAACCAAAAGACCCGCCGCCGAGGGAGCAGAGCGAAAACCUAAAGCCGCCUCAAAGAAACCCAAAGCCAUCAGAAAGCUCAACUUUGAAGACGAGGUGACCACUUCUCCGGUGCUCGGGCUGAAAAUCAAAGAGGGGCCGGUGGAAAUGAAGCCGAGGGCGCAGUCCUCCGGGGGAACCAAACCUUUAGGGGAGUUUGUGUGCCAGCUGUGUAAAGAGGCGUACGCGGAUCCCUUCUCCCUGGCUCAGCACAAAUGCUCCCGUAUAGUCAGGGUCGAGUACCGGUGUCCCGAGUGUGACAAGAUGUUCAGCUGCCCGGCGAACCUCGCCUCUCACCGCCGCUGGCACAAACCGCGGACCAGCACCGGCGCGCCGGCGGUGCAGCCUGCGCAGGGCGUCAAACCCGACAUGGCCAAAAUGCAGCCGCUGGGCGUCAAGUCAGCCUCCGACGAAACCAAAGACAUGAGUGACAGAGACACCCCGAGUCCCGGGUUGUCCGAGUCGGGCUCUGAAGACGGCUCGUACGACUGCCAGUUCUGCGGGAAGAGGUUCAAGCGGCAGGCGUACCUAAGAAAACACAUCAUGGCUCACCAGGCCCUGCAGAAGAAGGUACUGGAAGAGCACGGGUUUCAAACCAGCGACCGUGCAGCGGCCGAGCAAGCUCCAGUGUCCGCCCCUUCCUCCUCCUCCUCCUCCUCUUCCUCCUCUUCCUCAGCAUCAUCAGAGGAAGCCUCAAACCAAAGCCCCCUGAAUCUGAGCCCGGUGGACUGCCUGCUGUGCACGAUGUGCGGGGAGAGUUUCACCAGCAGGGCCGGCCAGGAGAGACACCUGCGCCUCAUGCACCCCUCCCAGAUCUACCCGUGCAAAUACUGCCCCGCCACCCUCCCCAGCUCACCGGGGCUCACCAGGCACAUAAACAAGUGCCACCCCUCGGAGAACAGGCAGGUGAUCCUGCUGCAAAUGCCGGUGCGCCCUGCCUGCUGAAGACAACACAGAACUUGUGCCUUUGAUGGGGGAAAUACAAAAAAUAAUAAUAAUAACAAAAAAUAGAAACAAAAAAGUGGCUUUGGGUUAAAAAAAAAAAAAGAUAAUAAAAAAGCUGCCCACUGCCAUAACUUUAGGCCAAUGAAAGGCAGGGCUGUUUGAUGUUUAAGUGGUGUCUUUUUCAUGCCAAUCAGUGAUUGUUGAAUGCUUGUCUCGAUAUUUAAUUUACUUAUAGGCCUAUUUUGAGAUUUUAUUUCUCAAAUUAGUUUAUCAAGAGGGGGAAAGUGAAUACAAAGCGUUAGUUUGACUGUUAAAGGGUAUUUUUCUAGCACAGCACAUGCUCAAUGAUAGCUUCUAGACCUAAGAAAUGUCUUAAAAAAAUCUCAGAAAUCUUUUUUUUUUUCUCCCCAUCAAAGUCUGUUGAAUUCACCGACCGUGAUUGCUCUAUCACUGUAGCUUUACGCUUGUUUGUGGAGGACAGAACUUUAUCAACUUUGUCUUGGUGGGGGAAAAAAAAGAAAAAGUGUGACUGAAGAAUUUUCCCAGUUUAGUAGAACCACAAAUGCCUUUAGUAAACAGAAAAGCCUAGUCUUAAAUAGCCUGCAUACACAUCCAAAUCCUGCUGUAUAACUGCCUUAAAAAAAGUCAACAUAGAUUGUUUUAAUUUUGAAUGCUGGCACAUAUUUUAUUCGAUUUAUUAUUAUUAUUAUAUUAUCAUUAUUAUCAUCAUCAUCGUUAUUAUUACUGAAGAUUGUUGCAAUAUUUUUCCAUCAUAUUUAUUUAUUUAUUCUAAUUAUUUUAUGUAACUUAUUGUUGUGAUUUCUUUUCUUUUUUUUCCUCCCCUGUGAAUCGUCCUGGCAGUUUACAUGUCGUAUAGCCAAAUGUCUUUCAAUUAUUAUUAUUAUUAUUUUUUCGGUUGCUGUCUUUUAUUUAUUAGUUGUGAUAAUUGUGGUGGGUCGGGUUUUAAUCAUCAAUCUUCACAGCUCUUGUGUUUUUAAAAAAAAAAUAAAGAAAAACGUAAAGCUCUUACCUUAGAUGCAAUCUUUUUUAAGGACAAGUUAUUUUUCUUAAAUGUUGGCUUUUAUAGCGCUUUGAUUGUAUGUGUACAUCGUUGGUGUCUAUCGAAAUAAAAAAUAUUUUCAAAAAGA